CCAGACAGUCGUGAGCUUGCCCUCGCAAGAAUAUCUUCAACCGAAAGUAUGUCUGACAUGUUGAGAUAUGGGGUUGACUCGUCACCGAGGUGUACACUGAGAGGUCAAUUCCAAAGCAUGCCCCGUGACCGCGCGCCGCCGCGUUAAUUCAGCACGUUAAACCGCGUCUCCCCUCUCGCAUCCACUACCGGUACACAGCAGAAGCACAAUGUCGAAAGCACGCAAAGUCACAGAGUACCAAGAACGCGUCUACGCGCUCCUCCAACAAAUCCCUGAAGGCCGCAUCACAACAUACGCAGCGAUGUCGACAGCGCUGAACAGCUCACCGCGCGCGAUUGGUGGCGCGCUGAGGAACAACCCUUUUGCGCCAGAUAUACCAUGUCAUCGGUGUAUUGCUAGUACUGGAUUUAUCGGCGGGUUUAAGGGUGAUUGGGAGAAGGUGCCGAGUGGGCAGAACCAAGAGUCGAAACGGAAGCUGCUCGAAGACGAGGGCGUGUUGUUUGAUGCACGUGGAUACCUGAUUGAUAAGAAAGCGCUUUGGGACGAGUUUGAUGUCAAGAAGGUGAGCUGAGGAUGCAAGGCGAGUAGAGCGGGGCAAAAGAGCGGAAAGGAAGUGGGGCUACGUCACAACCCUCAAAAAGUUCUGGACGAACCCUUGAGACUUCAACCAAGGU